ACUACAUGCGGCAGCGAGGGUCUUCCUUCAGCGAGUCAACGCGACUUCUGCUGUCGGUGUCACUGGCCGGUCGGUGGUACACGUCUCUGGCGGGAGGCAAGAACAAGAGCGCCUACGCGGUUGGCGCCAAGUGCAAGCCCUUCGAGUUCGCCACCGGCAUGAACGAACUUGACUCGCGCGUAACAGCGUGCACCGAGCAGCACUACGCGGCCCACGUGACGAGGGACGAGCAGCACGAGGUGAUGAGCACCUACGAGGGGAGCGCCGGGUUGGCCUUUGUGUUCGACAGUGAGCUGACGCUGUUCGCCAAGAUGUGCAAGGCGCGGAACGCCCUGAAGGACGUUCGGCCCAUCGGGCUGGCCGUCUUUGACGCCGAGUUCGACGACUGGUCCAACACGUGCACAAGCUGGAACAAGUUUGGCAACUACACGCUCACGCGAGCCGCACGCAAGACGGUGGACGCCAUCGGCGCGCAGAACCCCACGCACGUGCUGGAUUGCGCCACGUUGCCAAAGUAAAUGAGCGUGCACUGGUUCCUCCUCCAGGGUCAAUAAAUUGACUU